GGGAUGGUUGUGUCGUCCACAGUGAAUUUUGGCGCUCGAUCUCUCGAUUUCCCGCGCAUUAACUGCCCACGUGGUUAUUUACGUGAAUGAAUCAAAUGAAUGAAAGUUACUGUACGGUAAAAAUUAAAGACGUGGUAGAAUGAAUUUGUGUUUAUUUUUAAAAACAAUUAUUAUAAACUUAUGACUGUGGCGUGCUGUUUUUAUUGUUAUCUUCGUUCGAUUGAGGAAAUAUAUCAUCGACAAACACAUGCUUUCACCGUCGACGAAGGCGGCCUGCUGGCUGAUGACGUUUCUGAGUGUGUUUGUCACAGGAGAAAUGCCGAUUCAAGCAGAAGUGGAACCAGAAUUUUUACAAGCGCUCGAAAACCACACUGUCACUCAAGGCAGAGACGUCCACUUUACCUGUGUUGUCAAUCACCUCUCCCAUUACAGGGUAGCAUGGAUUAAAUCAGACUCCAAAGCCAUUCUCGCAAUUCACACAAACAUGGUCGCGUUAAAUCCGCGUCUGUCUGUCACUUACAAUAACCACAACACUUGGAAACUCCAUGUCAGUAACGUCCAAGCAAAUGACUCCGGCACUUACAUGUGUCAAGUCAAUACUGACCCUAUGAAAAGUCAGAUGGGUCACUUAUACGUUGUGAUCCCUCCGGACAUUGUGGACUCUGUGACAGAAGGAAGUUCAGCAAGAGAAGGUGGCAUCAUUCGUUUGAUUUGUAGCGCCAUUGGCGUCCCAUCACCUACCGUCUCGUGGCGUAGGGAGAACAACCGGCCGAUUGUUUUCAGACACGAAGGGGGCAGGGAGAAGAAAGUGGAAAAUAGUCACAAAGGAGAGAGUCUUGAACUGUCCCACGUGCAGCGAACAGACAUGGGCGCGUAUUACUGCAUUGCGAGCAACGGGGUGCCGCCCACCGUCAGUCGCCGAUAUCACGUGCAAGUGCAUUUUAUUCCACAAGUAAAGGUUACAAACCAAUUAGUCGGUGCACCUCUUGGAAGUGAUGUGGAACUCCAGUGUUACAUUGAAGCCUCUCCUAAAGCUAUGAACUCCUGGUACCGUGAGGACUCUUUAGUAAGUGACAAAUUAUUAGAAAAUCCGAAGUUUCGCAUUAUGGAGACAGCGGUGAACGAGUAUUCUUUAUGGAUGAACCUAACGAUAAAGUCUUUGGCGCCAGGCGAUUUCGGCACUUACGUGUGCGCGUCUGUCAACGCGCUCGGAAAGAUGGAGAGCCAAGUUAGCCUACACAAACUGCAGCUCAGCAUGAACGGAUACGCGGACGAGCCGAUGGUGUCGGGUGCGGCGUGGCAGCGUGCACGGAACUUGCCCGCCAUGCGACCCGCAGCGUCACACGCGCACCAAUACCUCAAACACCUUCCGCCGCAACUGUACGCUCUUCUCUUGACAACUAUUCGAUACAUACACACUUUUUAAUUUCGGAUCAUAUUAUGUAGCAUUUUGUAUGUGUGCAAAUAAAUGUAUGAAUCGUUAAAGUUGCAAUGUUUACGA